UUCCUCUCUUCCUUCGCCAGCCAAUGUCGGGAUGGGCGCGGGCGCCUUCCCACCGGAGCAGCGAGGGAGGUGGCCCAGGCGGGGCUAUAAAUGCCGGGGCUUGACGCCGGCUUCGCCUCCCGCCCUGCCCGUCCUCCGCUGGUUCCUCUGAUUUCUUGACUCGCUGGCAUCCCCCAUGGCGUGUCCCCUGGAGCAGGCGCUGGCCGUGAUGGUGGCCACCUUCCACAAGUACUCGGGCAAGGAGGGGGACAAGUACAAGCUCAGCAAGACGGAGCUCAAGGAGCUGCUCAUGAAGGAGCUGCCCAGCUUCAGCGGUCAAACCAGUGAGGCCAGCCUGCAGCAGCUCAUGUCCCACCUGGACUGCAACAGCGACAGCGAGGUGGAUUUCCAAGAGUACGUGACCUUCCUGGCCUGCAUGGCCAUGAUGUGCAACGACUUCUUCCAGGACUGCCCCGACAAGAUGCCGCGCAGAAAGUGAGCAGGGGGCACCAACCCCCUCCCCUCCCCAGGCUGCAUCACCUUCCUGAUGCUCUGUCAAUAAAGGUUAUUUUAA